UUGAAAACCGUGAAAAGUCAAAUAGAAAUACUAGUAAUAGUUUUAGACAAAGGGAGUAGGUACCAAUAACCACGUGUUCAAAAAACUUAUGAGUAUGCUAUAUGUACCCCAAAAUUUUUACCUCAUUUGUACACCAAAGGCGACCCCAUCCACUAUUUUUCGUUCACUUCACUGCAAGGAGGGAGCAUUGAUACCUUUUGAAUUUGGAGAACGCACAAACCCUGUUUUCAAGCAUUGGGAAACCCUUCAAAAUCUCCACUGAUAUAUCAUGGCAUACAAUUAUCGGUUGAUUAAUCCGCCGCCUCUCGUGCAUUCGCAGCACUAUCGGUCUCCAAGUAUCUCGUUCUCCGCCAAUGAAGUCCUUCCAGUGGGCCAUUCACUCCCAGAUGUUGGGCUCCCAUCAGGGGGGCACUUCAGAAACCCAAUGGAUAUGCGCGAGGCUUUCCUAAGAGAGAUUGAAAAGGAAAGUAUCAGAGAGAAAAUUAUAGCAGAAGAGAUUGCUCGAACAAGGUUCCUCAAUGCUGAAAUCAGGAUGGAGGAAGAAUGGGCACUGCAAAGGGGCGAGAAUGCCAAAUUACUGGCUAAGCCUUUUCCAUACCAUCAUCUAUCGGGAGCUAAGAGGAGGGCAGACACGGCAGCAGAGCCUUUGAAAGUCAUUAGCAGGAAUGUCUCACUAAAAGUAAAGAAAGGAAAGGCGAAGAAGGCUGUUUCAGUAAGAGCACUGCUUAAAUAAUGGGAAUUGAGCAUUCCUCAAAUGCAGGACUUUGUUGCUCAGGGUCACUUUUUAUUUUUUUGUUGCAAAAGGGGUCACCCAGAGAAGCCUUGCCGUGCAAUGCCAAUACAGUACCAAUCUUGUUUUAGAUAUCGAGAAGAAAGUUGUUUUGCAAAUCAAGAUUGGCAAACCUAUAAUGAACGUGUGGGGAUCUA